AAACUGUUGAUUUUUUAGCUUUCUUCUUUUUAAAAAAAAAUAAAUAAAAGGAUAAAGGAAAAGGAAAGGAGAAGUGGGUUCGUGAGUAAUAGGAGGGUUAUAAUAGGGGCAUGUUUGAAGGAAAUGGGGUAGUAAUGGGGAAGAGAAGAAGAGCAAAACCCAGUGUCAUUGAGAUUUCGUCUUCUUCCGAACCAGAAAAUGGCUCAUCAGAAGAAGGAGAAGGAAGCGAAGAAGAAGAAUCAGAAGAAGCAUUAUCAGAAUCGGAUGAUGAUUUUGAUGAUUUUGACGAUUCCGCACUCUCAAGCGAGAGCGACGGUGAUUCCGAAGAUGAGGAGGAAUCUUCUUCUUCUUACGGGUCGCAAGAGCAUGAUGAUGAUGAGGACAUCGAAGAGGAAGGUGAUGAGUCGGGGAGCGAUAGAGUCCUUCGCCUUCUUCAAGGUGGUGGAGCAUUGAGGAAGCUAAGGGAAGGAUUGGAGAAACUGACGUUGACGGACUAUAAAGCCUAUUUGCGAUCGAAUGGAUUGAGGUUAUCAGGUACAAAAGAAGAAUGUAUGCAGAGGAUCAUAGAGCACUGGAGGAUGAAAGAUGGAAAUGGUCAAAGACAAUAUCCCAGAUCAUCUUUUGCCAUAAACUGUACCGGUGACGUAUGUAAAGGAGAUGUUGUAUUAUUCACACAGAAAGUGUACAAGAAUUUUGACAAGCUGAGAAGGGGCGGAAAACUCUUAGGUAAGAGAACCAUUGCUGGUCGGAUUGUCAAGGAGAGUUAUGGCGCUGCCAAACAGCAGCAUACCUUUACGGUUGAGGUGUUAUGGAGCCAAGGGGUUAAACAAUUACCUCUACUUUUUCCGUUGCUCGUGAAGGGAAGAAACCUUUAUAAAUUGAAGACUUUCAGACAGAGAUGGAAGGAUGAAGAUGAAAGACUAGAAGUUCUUGCAGAGAAGCACAAACGUGGAGAUGCAGCAAGAUCUAUUAGAGCAACAAGAAAAUCAAAAUCAAUAAAGCCGACAAAAGUAUCCUCUAAAAACAAAGGUAACAAACGCCAGAAACUUGAUCAUCAUAGGAGGCCAAGCGAAAUGAUGCGAACAAGCAAUGGAAAGAAACAUAAAUAUUCUAUUAAUGAACGUGGAAAAGCAAUGACAGGAAGCAAAAGAACAAAACACCACCAGCAAAAGCCUCAUCCACCUGGAAGAUUGAAUUUGGCAGAGUCCAGAAACAGUAGACCCUCUAUGAGGAAUCGAGACUUUGUACCUACCCUUAGAGAGACCUCAUUGCAGUUCAAUUAUCCUUCAGCAAAUAAUUUCCGCCAUUUUGAAUCAGAUUCUUACAGCCAAAGAGUACCAUAUUCGUAUUCAUCUAGCUGGGAUUCAGCACCAAGAUCACAUUUAAGCUCUUACUCCUCUUAUACUUUGCCUGAUCCAGUAUAUCAACAAUAUGGUCAUGGAAAUUAUCCAAGUUCUUCAUUCACUAGGUAUGUACCUCAGUCUAGUAAUUUUCCACAUUCCCCUGGCAUGGUGGGUACUCAUAGAUCAUCUGGCUCAAUCCCGUUUGUAAACUAUGAACGUAGAUGGAACUCUUAGCUUUUUUGUCUCUCUCUCUCUCGCUUUGGCUUGACAUAUAGGAGCAGCAAGGGCUUUACAUAAACAAAAUGGUGUAAUGGUCUUAAGCAGACAUGGGGAACAUUGCCUUGUGGUAAAUGUUGAAUUUCAAAUAUCUGUUGAGCAGUAAUGUCUUGUCUUUAAUUGGUAUAUUAAAGUUCUGUUUUUUUUUUUUUUCAAGUUUUAGGCCUCCCUUUUGUACCGAGUAUGACUCUUUCCAUCUCUCAGUUUAUGUGAUUCACUUUUUGUUAGUC